CUCUGGACGAAGCUCAAACCUUUGCUCGUGCCCUCGACGCCGCCGGAGUUCUUCUCAUUUUCCGGGGAAAAGUCUAUCUUCAUCCCGACAGGACUGUUUAAGCAGGUGGUGGAUUUGGUCCGAAGGGCAAUACCCAUUGCUCCAACUCCCGAGGAUGAUCCAAUGAGGGAAGAAUUCGACAAGCUGAAGAUCAUCAAGGAAGAAAUCGAUGUUCUUGCUCAUAAACAGAAACCAUGUAGGGUUGGAGCUUGAUCUGGAGGAAUCCUUGCACAAAGGCUGAUCCUUUGAUGCUGGAAAGAUCCAAAGAAUCUGAGAGAAGAGUCUUGCAGGAUUUUGUGAAAUGGGUUUGGAGAAUGGCUUGGAAAAAGAUUGGUGCAUCUCUCUGGUAACCCUUGUUAGGUUUUCCACUUAAUGGUCCAAUCCAAGUAUGGAAGAGACUUUCAAAGCGACUCAUUCUGGUCUCUUGGCUUUGGUUGUUCAUGUAUCUAACCAAGAUAUUUAUAACCCAAUCAAAAGUUUGAAAAUAUCCGUUUAGGAUGUCCAGUUGGUUUCAUUAAAUUGCUUUAAAUCUUAUAUAAGAUUCUCUCCUGACAAAUCCAGAUCACCCUCUACUUGUUCUUCUCUUCCAUUUUUUUUUUCUCAGAGUUUUAUAAUUUAUGAUCGAACCGAUGGAUAGAUCGACGAAUCAGAAGGAGUGUUUAAUCUAUCUCUGUCACUUUAAUGUAUAAAAUCUUUCAAAAUGGCAAAAGAAAAAAAAAAGGUGAAAGAUUUUUUUUUUUUUUUGGAAUCUCAUAAAGGUUCCAACUUUUUCGGUAUUUACAGUCCGUGCCAUCAUCAUCUGCUGCUUCGUUCAGUCCACCGUUUUCUUCUGAGAAAUGUUUCCGGCGAGGCCGACCUUCUCCUUGCUUUUCGUGUAAACCUCGCUCUCUCUCUUCAAUUAUUAUAUAUACACAUACUAACAUAUGUAUAUAUAAUCGGGAAUUUGCCCAUGAUUCGAAACGUGGGCAUACGUAGAGUAGUACAGUGGUCCCUUCACUGUCUUGGGUAGGGAGCUCAAAAGAGCAGAGUGCACAGUUCACAGAAACGGUGACGGAGAAUUUGGUUGUGGCCUUCUCUGAGAGAGACUGCUCAAAGGAUCAGAUCUUGGUUUCAUCUUUGCUCAAAAGGGUCAUCAUCGAUUCUUCCGAAAGGUUGAAAAAUGUCAGCCUCAAGGCCGAGUCAGGCUUCUGGUAACUCCAGGCGCUCCAGGAACAGCGCCAGGAUCAUUGCACAGACCACUGUAGAUGCCAAGCUCCAUGCCGAUUUCGAGGAAUCGGGAGAUUUUUUCGAUUACUCGAGCUCAGUUCGUGUAACUGGUCCUGCCGCCAUGGAGGAAGAUCAACCAUUGAAAUCUGACAAGGUGACUACAGCUUACCUUCAUCACAUACAGAAGGGUAAGCUGAUUCAGCCCUUUGGUUGCUUGCUCGCCUUGGACGAGAAGACCUUCAAGGUCAUAGCUUACAGCGAGAAUGCCCCAGAGAUGUUGACCAUGGUCAGCCACGCAGUUCCCAGUGUUGGGGAACACCCUGUUCUUGGCAUAGGGACAGACAUAAGGACUCUUUUCACUGUUCCCAGUGCCUCUGCCUUGCACAAGGCCCUUGGAUUUGGAGAUGUUUCUCUCUUGAAUCCCAUUCUUGUUCACUGCAAAACUUCUGCAAAGCCCUUUUACGCAAUUGUCCACAGAGUGACAGGGAGUAUCAUCGUUGAUUUCGAACCGGUCAAGCCCUCGGAAGUUCCCAUGACAGCAGCCGGUGCUCUGCAGUCUUACAAGCUUGCAGCCAAAGCAAUAACCAGACUGCAGUCAUUGUCGAGCGGGAGCAUGGACAGGCUUUGCGACACGAUGGUCCAGGAGGUUUUCGAGCUCACGGGCUACGACAGGGUGAUGGCCUAUAAAUUCCACGAAGAUGAUCAUGGCGAGGUUAUCUCCGAGGUUACGAAAUCCGGGCUGGAACCAUAUCUGGGUUUACAUUAUCCAGCCACCGAUAUCCCUCAAGCUGCCCGGUUCUUGUUCAUGAAGAACAAAGUCAGAAUGAUAGUUGAUUGCCAGGCAAAACACGUAAAGGUGCUUCAAGACGAGAAGCUGCCAUUUGAUCUUACCCUUUGUGGCUCAACCCUUAGGGCACCCCAUAGCUGCCAUCUCCAGUAUAUGGACAACAUGAGUUCUAUCGCCUCUCUUGUUAUGGCCGUGAUUGUGAACGAGGAAGAAGGAGAUGGCAGCCAUGACUCUGCACCUGCACAGAAGAAAAAGAGACUAUGGGGUUUGGUGGUUUGCCAUAACACAAACCCGAGGUUCGUUCCAUUUCCUCUUAGGUAUGCCUGUGAGUUUCUUGCCCAAGUGUUUGCCAUUCAUGUCAACAAGGAGCUUGAGCUGGAGAAUCAGAUCAUGGAGAAGAACAUUUUACGAACUCAAACACUAUUAUGCGAUAUGCUGAUGCGUGAUGCACCGUUAGGCAUCGUGUCGCAGAGUCCAAACAUAAUGGACCUCGUGAAAUGCGACGGAGCAGCCCUUCUGUACAAGAACAAGAUCUGGAAACUGGGAGUAACGCCAACUGAGUUCCAGAUUCAUGGGAUAGCUUCAUGGCUGUCUGAUUACCACAUGGAUUCCACUGGUUUGAGCACAGACAGCUUGCACGAUGCCGGCUUUCCGGGGGCUCUAGCCCUCGGAGACUCAGUGUGUGGAAUGGCGGCUGUGAGGAUAACUUCAAAAGACGUUAUUUUCUGGUUCAGAUCUCAUACCGCAGGGGAAAUAAGAUGGGGAGGCGCAAGGCAUGAACCGGGCGAGAAGGAUGAUGCCCGGAGAAUGCACCCAAGGUCAUCUUUCAAGGCUUUCCUUGAGGUGGUCAAGACGAGGAGUACGCCAUGGAAGGAUUAUGAAAUGGAUGCCAUCCAUUCCUUGCAGCUCAUUCUGAGGAAUGCUUUCAGUGACGUUGAGACAACUGAUGCCAACACAAAUAAGGGGAUGAUCCACUCAAAGCUAAGUGAUCUGAAGCUGGAUGGUGUCCAAGAACUGGAAGCUGUGACGAGCGAGAUGGUGCGGUUGAUCGAGACAGCCACUGUCCCGAUCUUGGCCGUUGAUUCUGAUGGGUCAGUGAAUGGCUGGAACUCCAAAAUAGCGGAGCUAACCGGUCUUCCAGUCGAUGAAGCCAUCGGACAGCAUCUACUGGCACUCGUUGAGGAUUCUUCGGUUGAAAGAGUGAAAAGGAUGUUGGAGAUGGCGUUGGAGGGAACUGAGGAGCAGAAUGUGCAGUUCGAGAUCAAGACACACGGGUCGAGGCUCGAUAACGGGCCGAUACGUUUAGUUGUCAACGCAUGUGCAAGCAAAGAUCUCCAAGAAAACGUGGUCGGAGUGUGUUUCGUGGCACAAGAUCUCACCGCUCAGAAGCAUGUGAUGGACAAGUUCACUCGGAUUGAAGGCGACUACAAGGCCAUCAUCCAAAAUCCAAACCCGUUGAUCCCUCCCAUAUUUGGUACUGACGAGUUCGGGUGGUGCACAGAAUGGAAUCCAGCAAUGGCGAACUUAACCGGGUGGAAACGAGAGGAAGUCAUCGAUAAGAUGCUGUUAGGAGAAGUCUUUGGAACACAGAUGGCCUGUUGUCGUCUUAAGAACCAAGAAUCCUUUGUGAACCUCGGGAUUGUCCUGAAUAACACCAUGACCAGUCAGGACUCCGAGAAAGUGGCAUUUGCUUUCUUCACGAGGAGCGGAAAGUAUAUAGAGUGUUUGCUGUGUGUGAGCAAGAAACUGGACCGGGAAGGUGUAGUGACCGGUGUCUUCUGUUUCCUGCAACUCGCAAGCCACGAGCUUCAGCAAGCCCUUCAUGUCCAGCGUCUGUCUAAGCAAACUGCCUCGAAGACACUGAAAGCAAUAGCUUAUAUGAAAAGGCAAAUCAAGAAUCCUCUGUCCGGGAUUAUAUUUUCAAGGAAGAUGAUGGAGGGCACUGAACUAGGUCCAGAGCAGAGACAGAUUUUGCAGACUAGUGCACAGUGCCAGCUGCAACUUAGCAAGAUCCUCGAUGAUUCAGAUCCCGACAGUAUCAUUGAAGGGUACUUGGAUCUGGAAAUGACGGAAUUCAGCCUGAAUGAUGUUUUGACUGCUUCCACAAGCCAGAUAAUGAUGAAGAGCAACGGGAAAAGUGUCCGAGUAACGAACGAGACGACAGAAGAAGUAAUGAACGAUACCUUGUACGGAGACGGCAUCAGGCUUCAACAAGUCUUGGCCAAUUUCAUGAUCAUGUCUGUUAGUUUUACACCACCUGGAGGGCAGCUCGCUGUUACAGCCAGCCUCAGGAAAGACCAACUGGGUCAAUCUGUACAUCUCGCUUAUCUGGAGAUCAGGAUUACACAUUCAGGAUCUGGAAUACCGGAACUGUUGCUGAAUGAGAUGUUUGGGAGCGAUGAAGAUGUGUCGGAGGAAGGGAUGAGUCUUCUGAUAAGCCGAAAGCUGGUGAAACUGAUGAACGGAGACGUGCAUUACUUGAAACAGGCCGGGAAGUGUACUUUCAUUAUCACAGCUGAACUCGCGGCUAAGAACAAAUAAAAUCUCUAUGGCUAAUCAACUUCGCAUUUCCCCCCUGUUGUAACUUUUUCACAUGUUUUUGUUUCCUCUCAUUCAAAACUUCAAUAACAAAAGAAGGUCCUCUUUUCUGAUC